AUGGCCGCCGUCGCAAGACAGCGCAGUGGCGCGCAUCGAUUAGCGCCCGACGCCGCGUCAGCCGCCGACGCAACGACGAGCGACUCGAAAUCGCAACGCGCCCUAGCUUAUGCCCAUUCGAUUCGUCCGCCGAUUCGACACCCCAGCCUAGAUAGUCCCGAAAUGACGAUCACUAUACGAUUCGGCAUCACAGCCAAGAUAAUCACGAAA